AUCCACGGAUCUAAUAUCUUAGGAUUAGGAAGUUCUAAGACCGUGCUCAUAUUAUUAGUUUAAUAUUUUCAGCAUGAAAUGCUAUUUAGAUUCCUUAUUUUUGUACAUAGAACUGAAAUCUGUGUAUUCUGAACUCUGAACUUGUUAUUACUUAUUUGAUUUGUCUGAAUAUCUGGAUUAUCAGAUUAGAAUUGUAUUGCAUUAUUCUACUAUGGAAUAUUUAGUAAAAUAUUGUCUAUUUAAUUAAAAUGAUCACACAUUGCUUAUUAAUUUGUUCAUGGUCGAAUUUGAUCCAUUAUUUUAUUAAUAUUAAUAUAAAUAUCAGUUAAGAGUUCUUAGAAUAAGUAAUAGUUAUGAUCAAAGCAAUAUUGGUGUUUAAUAACUAUGGAAAGCCUAGACUUUCUAAAUUCUAUCAAUAUUUUAAUGAAGACAUGCAACAGCAAAUUAUUAAGGAAACAUUUCAAUUGGUUUCCAAACGAGAUGACAAUGUUUGCAACUUUCUUGAAGGUGGAAGUCUCAUCGGAGGAUCAGAUUACAAACUGAUUUAUCGUCAUUAUGCUACACUAUAUUUCGUGUUUUGUGUAGACUCAUCAGAAUCAGAACUUGGUAUUCUUGAUUUAAUUCAAGUAUUUGUUGAAACACUUGAUAAAUGCUUUGAAAAUGUUUGUGAGCUUGAUCUUAUAUUUCAUGUCGAUAAGAUUCAUUACAUUUUAAAUGAAUUAGUGAUGGGUGGAAUGGUUUUAGAAACUAAUAUGACCGAAAUACUUUCAAGGAUAGAAGAACAAAACAAAUUGGAGAAACAAGAAGCUGGUCUUGCUGGUGCUCCAUCUAGAGCUGUGUCGGCUAUGAAAAACAUGAAUAUACCACAACAGUUGAAGGAUAUGAAACUUCCAGAUCUCCCACAAGCCAUUAAGGAAUUGAAGUUCUGACAUUCAAGGAACAAAUUGGUUAGCUCUGAAGCCUAUCAUAACUAUACAAAUUGAGUAUGGGAGAAUGAACAAAUAUCUGUUAUCUGCUGAUUAGGAACUAAAAUUUAAAUGUAGAAUACCAUUGUUCAAUACUGUUUUUGUUCUUGUAUAUUGUUAAAUUUAUUUUGAUACAGUGUGCACUUUCAAAAUUUAAAUAGUUUACUGCCCACACCAAUAUUAUUUGAAUAAAUAUGAAAAAUAUUGUUAAUAUAUUUUUCUGAAUUCAAUAUAAAGUUUAUAACAUAUUUAUUAAUUAAUUAUUAUAUAAAUUUGUUUUGGAAUCAUGAUAUUUAUUAAAUUAAUGUUUUUAUAAUCAAAAAAUAAAAUAUAAUAAUUACAAAA